AUGACCCAGACUUGCGAGUCACCCCACGGUCUGCCCAUCGAGAUCCAGCACUGCGCCCUCCUACAACUCCUUUCGAACUCGCUGGUGCUGUCCCAAACAGCGCCAUAUUUGUCGUGUUACGAUAUCUUGAACCUUGCGGCCACCUCGCGGUCCUUCCGCUUCCUGGUUUACCAUACACCCAAUGUUUUCCGCCGCCUGCAGCUCAGCAACGUCAAGACGGCGCAGUUCGAUGUUGACGAGGUCGACCGCGGCGGAGAGACAUGGCGCAACGUCCAACUGGAUGAGAACUUGACGGAAGACGAUUUCUACUCAGGUCCUCUGCGUGGUGUCUUCAACGACCUCCGUCGCAUUGAUAUCCUGAAGGACGUGCAGAUUCUCUUACUGGACGGCCUUUCGGUAACGGCUGACCUGGUUCAUGACAUCCUCAUCGACCCCUCCUUUUCGGUUCGCAUCUUAUCCGUCCGCGACGUAAAACAUCUAAAUGAGCGGAAGCUUCGAGGUGCCCUGCAAUAUGUUUGCCGGGAGUCCAGGCCAGAGGGAACACCGCGUCUAAAGGGUCUGUAUAUUUUCGGGCCCAAGGAUGCAACACCCAUAGCGGCAUCACAGGGAGCUAGUCGGAGUCCGUCUCCGACUAGCCCGGCUAAGGUCGCUGUGGCCUGGAACAACCGGAGCCAAAAGGCGUUAACGGCUGAACUUGCCCAGGAGCCGGAGGCAUGGUACGCACGUCGCGGCAACCAAUUUCCCCACCGUAUCAACCCGGAGUGGGCAUCGACAAUGGUCGCUUGUGCUGGCAUCAUUGCAUUUGACUCCGUCCUAUGUACUGGACCACGGCACUUCAAUUCUCCCGCCUGGGGAUCUGUCAACAUAGAGGCCCUCGACGCUGCCGCCUCUCCACCAGGCCCGGCCGUGCCUCACUUCGCUGUUGCGACGCAUAGCCUCGGCGGCUGCACCUCUUGUGGCGCGGCUCCAGAGGGAUGGACGGUCUGGGGCGAAGAGGCGAGUUCACCUCAGCUGGGUGCUGACGGGAGGAGGACGAGUGAGAGCUGCAUGACUGAUGUUGCGCGGUUCCCAUUACUUGCUCCUCCGCCAAUGCACUCAGCAAGCCUUCGCGUUGCGAUGUGCCCAGCCGACCAAAGUUUGAGAUCACGACUCCCCUUCAUCCGGAUAGAAAAGCAACCGGAAGCGCGGUUCAUCCCACGGUGCUUCGACUGUAUCCGCGACCGUUACUGUGCUGGAUGUCACCGAUGGUGGUGUGAGUCGUGUUACAUUGGUGCCCGGGCAUCGUCGCCUGGAGGAUACGCAGGGUCACCGGGGUCGAAUUCUGUAAGCAACCCCCUUCCCGAUGCCGGCGAGGUGAGCGAGAACGGAAACGCAUAUUCAGCGUGCAGGGUCAGAGAUGGGAUAUGUACAGACGUGAAUUGCUCGGCUCAGCAGGAUUGA